AUGCCAACCAUACCGGACAUUGUGCGCCGGCGCACAGCGUUCAUCCUCGUCAAUAGCCACCAUAGUCCGAUACAGUCUAGGCCGUUGGUGCCCAACGUGAUCGAGGUCGGUGGAUUACAUAUCGUUCGAACCGAUGAAAAAGCGACUAACGUAAAUGUGUUACACGCUACGCAUACCAAUAUACACUGAACUUAGACACGUCAAUUCGGUUAUUCGGUAUUUUAUCGCUUUCGCUGCCCUUGCGGAGUAUACUAAUAAGAUGUAUUUAUAGUUUAUUGUUUAUAGCAUAUUGUUUAAGCAAUUUUCUAACUUCCUCAGUCUCAGUAAAAUAAUCAGAUUUAAUCAUUAAGGUUCUUUUCAUUAAUUUUUCUUUUUCUAGUGUAUUUUGUGGGGAUAAAAAAGAAUUUAAAUUUAAAUUAAGGUUGGAUUGAUUAUUUAUUGAGUUAUUUUUGUUGGUCCCUAUUUCUUCAUAUACGUGUUAUAAGUUAUUGUGAAAUGUAAUCGGAUCAUCAAGAUUUAUUAAUGUAUUUGUAUAUGUUUGGGUACUUUGAUCAAAGAAACUACUACAAGUCGUACUUGAAUUUUCUAAGAUUUUCCACUCUAUUUGAAAAUAAUUGUAUAUUAUUAUUUAAGUUUUCGUAUAAUUCUAAGGAUCUUGGGAAAGUAGUUGGUGAGUUUGUGUUGUUUUGUAUUUUAUAAGGACUUGAAUAGGAUAGCUCGGCGUCUUUUAGUAAUUGUUCAACAUCAAUUUUAUCAAUUUUCGAAUUAUUAAGAAUCGUUUUACGUUUCUCAGCGUCUAAUGAAUUGUCAACGUCUUCCAAAGUUAUAGUUCCUCUUAAAUAUCUACUAUAGCUCUUAGUUCGGCAGUAUUUCCUGUAGAUUUUAGAUUUUUAUUUUUGCAAUAUUGUAUAAGAAAUGGUGUUUUGAGAGUAUAAAUAUCUGUUUACCGUAUUUAUUGUAAUUGAAGGUCCGAUUUAGAGUCUUUAAGUUCACUCAUUUAACUACCUAUAUAAAAUUGAGAGAAAAACUAAUUAAAUAAUCCUAAAUUCUUACUUGAAUAUAUUAUUAUUUAUAAUUAUUUCAAACUCAAAUUAUAUAAAUUACUAAAUUUUAAAAUUAUAAUAAGAGAUUUAAAUUUAGAAAUAAGUGUUGUUAAAUAAAAAAAAAUGAUUUGGGAUAUUUGAUCUAAAAAGUAUACUACUAAAUGGAUUAUAUUAUAAAAACUUAAUUAACUAGUUAUUACUCCUACUAUAAUUUAAAAAAUUAACUAACACCUAAAAAAAUUAUAUAUAUAUAAAAAGAAAAAUUAUGACUUGCAUGCAUACAAAAUAUCACCUUACACCAAUAUUCACCUUAAAUGUUUAAAACUCAAAUUUUGUAAUUAAAAUGGAUGCACUCCGAAACUAACAUUGUGAUGCAAGAAGUCUUCCAGCCGUGAAAGUAUUUAAUCUGAUAGAAACUUUAAUUUGACUCACAAUUUUUCAAACGCGAUAUGUGUGAAACACACAAGAAUCACUUUUGCUUAAAAUGAAGAAAACAAACAAACAAACAAAAACACAAAAAAAUAAUAAAGAAGUUCGGGUAGUGGAUUACGAAUUACGUUGGGCGCCAUAUAUCAUAUACCGAUAUUUCGAUGGUACAUCUCUACUUAUUUUUGAGAACUCAAAUUACCAUAAAUUAAUCGGUUACAGAUCAGACUCGGAAUAAGGCUAUACGUAUUGUGGAUACUCAAAAAUAAACGAUAUUUCGCACUAGCGAUUAAAAACUUCUUUAUUACAAAUAAAAACAAACAUACAAAAACGGAUCUCUUGAAAACAAUACGUAUGUGUGUUUAUACAUACGUGUUUCGAUCGAAAACCCGCAUUGCCCCGUUACCGCGGUGCUCACGUUCUUAAAUAUUAUUUACAAUAUGCUGCCUCAGCUCAUUUACUUCCUUGGCCUAUAGAACAGUAUUUGAGUAUUUUACUAUUUUGUAUAAAUGUACAAUCUAGAUAUCUAGUAUAACAUAAAUAAAAAAAAUUUCAUAUAAAAAACUAAACUACCAAAACUUACAUUUUUGUCCACCGAUGACGCUAGUGUAAGAUACAUAUUAAAUGCACGAUGCCAAUAUUAUAACGAUUAGCUUUUAUAAAUUAUGAUUUAUGAAUUUAUGAUUCAAACGAGAAAUUUCCAAAUAGGAUCGAGUAGGUGUUCUGUCCACUCGAUCUGUGUAGGUGCCUACUUCAAUUCGGCCAAUAUUAUUGAAAGGGGACCUUAAACCUUUGAAGUUAUAACGAAUGUUGGAUAUUCUUGACGAGCUCUUGACUGAGGGGCUUUGGACAAAUCAUUUUUCUAAAUCGGUUAUUGCCUUUAAAAUAAGAUUCGAAAUUUAGUCUAAAAUAAUCCUAAUGAGUAUAGGAUACAUCAUAUUUCAAUAAAUUUUAAUCGAGGUUCGAGCUUAAAUACGGUUUUUUAUUUUCUAGUGUUUUAUUUAUUGUAAAUUGUAAACCAUGACCAUAUGUAUGACUAUAAUAUUUAAAUUAUUUAUUUUGGAACGCCCGGUUUUUUUAACACAUUUUUUACGAACAAAUUAUCUCGAAUAUUAAUAAUUAGUACCCAAGGAUCGUAUAUAUCGAUAUUCGACAUAUUAUCAAAAAACGUGCAACUCGUCUAGUUAAUUAAUAUUAUUAGGUACCUAUUAUCUGUGUGUAUUAUUUUUGUAUAUAGGAAUGGUUGGAUUACUGCGAUGUGUGCGUCCAAGGUGUCGUAUACGUAUCGUUCGGUUCGUUGCUGAAGGGAACGUCGUUUCCGGACCAAUUUUUAACUUCGAUGGUGUGA